UUACCAGCAACGGAAGUGACGCGAGGCCCAGGCCGGAGGGCCGCGCGGGGCGAACCUGCAGAGGCUCGGGGCUGGACCCUGAGUCAGUCCUUGGCACUAUGGCUCUUUUCGUGCUGCUAAUGUUUACCAUGCAGGCCUGGAGCAGAGCUGAAAUGGGUUCCGCGGAUCCGGAGCCGUCCUCGGUGCCUAUUCCAACCAAUGUUAUGAUUGAGGCCUAUAACCUAAACCCAGUCCUAUAUUGGGACUACCAAAGCAUGCCAGAGACACCGGUGUUUACUGUACAGGUAAAGAACUAUGGAGAUCCAUCGUGGGUUGAUGCCUGCGUCAAUAUUUCUCAUCACUAUUGUAGUCUUUUUUACCAUCUUGAUGAUCCAUCGUAUUCUAUCUGGGCCCAAGUUAAAGCUAGGGUUGGACAAAAAGAAUCUGCCUUUGCAAAGUCAGAAGGAUUUAUUUUGUGCCAACAUGGAAAAGUUGGACCACCUAAACUGAGUGUCAGAAGGAGGGAAGACUACAUCACUAUUGACAUAUUUCACCCUUUAAUUAUUAUAAAUGGAAAGGAACUGGGAACCAUAAAUGAUGAUGAAAACACUUGCUACACAUUUAAGUACGAUGUGUCUGUGAGAAUGAAUGGAAGUGAGAUUGAAGCAAGAACACACAGACAGACAGAAGAUAGCAACUGCAAUGAGACUCUGUGCCAGUUAAGUGUCCCAGUGUCUUCACUGAGUGCUCAGUACUGCGUUUCAGCAAUAGGAGUCUCUAACACGUGGGGUGUUAAAACCGAACAGUCAGAAGAAGUUUGCAUUACUAUUUUCGAUAACAGCAUAAAAGAUUCUAUUUGGAUUCCAGUUGCUGCUGCUUUUGCAUUCUUUCUGAUAUUUUUCCUGACAUUUGUAUGUUGUCGUAUUAAGAAGAUCAGCCCAUUUAAGAGAAAAAAUAUAAUGUUACCCAAGUCCUUGCUCUCUGUGGUUAGAAGCGCCACUUCAGAGACAAAACCUGAAUCAAAAUAUGUAUCACUCAUCACAUCAUACCAGCCAGUUGUCCCAGAAAAUGAGGCAGUGAUCUGUGAAGAGCAGUUGUCUCCAGCAACAAAUUCAGGCAUGCACACUGAAUGCAAUCCAGGAAAAGCGGAACACAGAGAAGAACUUGCUAGUGAAACAGAAGUGGUGAUUAUUGAAGAAAAGGUUUCUAACUUGGCCUCUAGUAGCCUUGUGAAUCCAGAAGACAGACAGAAUUCCUUCCAGUCAAGUAGUAACCAGUCUGAACCGUGCACUGUUGCUUUAAACUCAUAUCACUCCAGAAAUGGUUCUGACAGUGGCCUGGUGGAAUCAGAUGGCUUCUUAUCUGACUCAGAAUUUUCUCCAAAUAAUAAAACUGAAAUAAAGAAAGAAGAACAAGAGGCUGUAAUGCCAAGAAUUGCCCCCACCUCUUUUGGUUAUGAUAAACCACAUGUACUCGUAGAUCUGCUUGUAGAAGGCGGUGGUAAAGAGUCCUUGAUUGGUUAUAGACCUACAGCAGAUUCCAAAGACUUGUCAGAAGACUAAUAAGAUGCAGCACUCUUAUUAAAAGCAGAUCCUUAUUGAAGGAUUUCCCCGGCAGUUCUUUUGCUUUGGUAUCAUGAAAAAAAUGAAGAUCUCAGAAAUCAAAUUUUGAUUGAUGUUAACCAAAUGGAGUGUCUUGAUUUAGUGUUAAGAACUUGUUUGGGAUUAUCACAUUUGGUCUGAAAACUACAGAGACACUUUUUUUAAAAAAAGAAAAAAGAAAAAGAAACUAUUAUAGCUUGGCAGCCUUAUCAUCUAUCUGAUGGACUAGCACUAGCAGGGAACCCUUUCCUGACCCCUGCUUCCUGUGAAAGCAGGUUAUGUACCAGGGAUCUUCCUAGCCACUUUCAGAGAUAUCAUGGAUCUUUUCUUGUCUGUGCCUCACUUUG